UCGGUCUGGUUGAUCGGGUGGUCACCGUCUAUUGGCCUGGUUGAUCUGGUGGCAACAGUCUAUUGGUCUGGUUGAAUGGGUGGUCACAGUCUAUUGGCCUGGUUGAUCUGGUGGUCACAGUCUAUUGGUCUGGUUGAAUGGGUGGUCACAGUCUAUGGUCUGGUUGAUCGGGUGGUCAUGGUCUAUUUGUCUGGUUGAUCGUGUGGUCGCAGUCGAUUGGUCUGGUUGAUCGGGUGGUCAGAGUCUAUCGGUCUGGUUGAUCGGGUGGUCACAGUCUAUCGGUCUGGUUGAUCGCGUGGUCACAGUCUAUUUGUCUGGUUGAUCGGGUGGUCACAGUCUAUUGAUCUGGUUGAAUGGGUGGUGGUCAAAGUCUAUUGAUUUGGUUGAUCGGGUGGUCACAGUCUAUCGGUCUGUUUGAUCGCGUGGUCACAGUCUUUUUGUCUGGUUGAUCGGGUGGUCAUUGUCGAUUGGUCUGGUUGAUCGGGUGGUCACAGACUAUUGGUCUAGUUGAUCGGGUGGUCACAGACUAUUGGUCUGGUUGAUCGGGUGGUCAAAGACUAUUGGUCUAGUUCAUCGGGUGGUUACAGUCUAUUGAUCCGGCUGAUCGAGUGGUCACAGUCCAUUGAUCUGGUUGAUCGGGUGGUCACAGUCUGGUUGAUCGGGUGGUCAUAGUCUAUUGGUCUGGUUGAUAGGGUGAUCACAGUCUGGUUGAUCGGGUUGUCACAGUCUGUGGUCUGGUUGAUCGGGUGGUCAUAGUAUAUUGGUCUGGUUGAUCGGGUGGUCACAGACUAUUGGUCUGGUGGUCUAGACGAUUCUGCUGAUUCAACAAAUAGACUGCUAAACCGUGUCCAUGUUACAAUAUUGAUAUCAUGAGUGAUCGAUUAAAUGUUAUUUGAUAUAUUCCGUAGGCAAUAUUACGGAUAUACAGGUGAACGUAUGACUUGCCUUUGUAUGUGUUUGUGACGGGUGCCACCGGUGCCACAGACAUGCCAUCAACCAGGCUAAACACUGUUACCUCCCAACCCUCGUGUAUGCCCACACCACAUGGAAUGCAUUUGGUCUUUGAAUGGCAUUUAGAAGUGAUAAACAUAAGAGAGAGAAUGUAGUGAUGUCAACUUUAAUAUGACGAGCACCACGUUUCGGAGUAUAUGCUUACUCCUUUAUCUGGUGACUGAUGAUACUCUGAAACGUUGUGUUCCUCAUAAUGCAAAGUUGACAUCAAUACAGCCACACAUCCAUCUGUCUAUAAUUUGCAUUCGGUGCCUCUAGAACAGCUCUCAUUCUCACCAUCAUUUAUUAAUUAGACGGCUAUGUGUUGAGCUUGUUCACUAACCCGAAACGUACUCUAUUGAUUAACUGUUUCAAGUUGCGUCCUGUUUCUUUACUGAACAGGAACGAACCCAUUGUCCUUUUAAUGAUUGGUGAUUUUGCGUCGUGAACUUGGUAACAACCAUAGUAUGAACACUGCUUUUCCACAGCCUGUCUGAGUAUCGUCAUGGGAAAACUUAUCAACAUCUUAAAAGCGGGUUUUAUGUGGUCAGGUAUAUUUCGAAAGACAUUAUGUCGUCACUGGAUGAUUUUCACAUUAAUGGCUGGUGUUAUGGUUUGUUCCUACAUGUAUGCUACGCAAUCAAGGACUGAAGGAAAAUCAAAGAAAACAGAAGCCAGGAGCAGAGAUAACACACAUCUGCGUUUUACAUUCAGAAAACAAGAAGAAAGGGGGACAAUCGAAGACAAAUAUGUAAUUUAUACAUGUAAUACAAGUCACUGUGGAGGGUAUGCAGCCAGACAAAAGGGGAUGGUAACAGCGUAUGUCUUGUCUGAAAUGCUUGGACGCAAGUUUGGCAUUAGUAUGAAAAGGCCUUGUGACCUCUCUGAGUUUAUGGUUCCAAAGAACGUUAAUUGGACUAUAGAUAUGAACUUAUUUGAAGGCAGGAGAAAGGACUGGUUCGUUAGUUUUGGAAAUCGCAAGCUUGUUUUAUUCGAAAGAAGUGAUUUGGAAGCAUUGUUUCGGAAAGAUGUAUUGAUGUACACGGGAAACAUCGAUUAUGUCUAUUCUCUUAUGAAAAACCCUUUGUUUAAAAGAGUACUUUGGGCCAAGAAGUUAAGCCACCUCGAUAUAUUCAAAAACGCACUGGAAAAAUUGUUUAAGCUUUCACCUAAAACUCAAAAUACACUUAAUGGCAUACUUGGAAGCAUUGGCCCAAAUAACCACAAACUGGUGUGUGCGCACAUACGUAUGGGUAAAAGUCGGACAAUUCCAACAGAUAGCAUAAGGGCGAACCGUCCAAAUCGAACAGCUCUGGUCAGGUUCUUCAAACAGAGGCUACACCUGGGUCGUGAUAAGUUAUUCAUAGCAACGGAUUCCGAUGAUGUCAGGGAACUAUUUCGUAAAUCUUUCCCUGACUCCUAUCUAGAGGUAAAAGGGGAUGUUCUUCAUAUUGAUAAACCACCGGUGAAAUAUGAGUGUUCUUCAAUGGAGAAGGUGAUUCUGGAUCAGUAUAUUCUGUCCAUGUGCGACACUCUAGUCACGUCCGUCAGUAGCUUUAGCCGGCUUGCUGCCAUUAUGAGAGGGACGGAUCACGAGUUGUAUGUGGCUCGUGGAAAUAACAUAUCACUCGGCCACAGAUAUGUUCUGACCGGAAAGUAAGUGUUUUCCUUACUUAUCCCAUACACAUCCUUACUGUAAUUAAUAUACAUGUACUUCGAUUACAAAACGAAAGGUUUAUUGUUGAACCACUGCGAAAGCAAAUCCUGGGACAGACAAGAUGAUAAAUUUGCAUUCACAAAAGGUGUUUUUCUACAUUGAUCGGCUAAGAAAAACCGGAUAAUACCCAAGCCGGAUGAACUGGUUCUCACACAUGUUAAGUGUAGGGUUAGCGUAUUGUAAUGUACAAUAUCGUCGAAGGCACACGUGUAUCAAUAAUGUGCAAAUUUAACAUUUGAAAGUGGAGAUGAGUGCAUGUGAUACAGAUAUACUGCAAUAUAUAUUACGAAUCAGUAUAAGGUACUAUCAAAACAAUAUUGAGUUUGAGGUUAUUUGUACGUUCAAAAUUAUAUCGAAUUUUGUUCACACUGUUACACCGACUCUAAUUGAACGUAAGUGUUUUUGCUCCUAAUGUAGAAUAGUUGUUUGUUGUUUAUCUCAUCCCUAUAAAUUUGUAAUCUGAUAUUGUAAACUGAGGCGGUGGGGUAGCCUAGUGGUUAAAGUGUUCGCUCGUCGCAAGGACCCGGGUUCGAUUCCCGACAUGGGUACAAUAUUUGAAGCCCGUUUCUGGUGUCCCCCGCCCUGAUAUUGCUGGAAUAUUGCUUUAAAACGGCAUGGAACCAUUCUCACUCACGCACUCACUCACUAUUGUUAACUGUGUAUAUAGAGCGUGUUAUUGGUUACCUGUUGCUAGACUAUCAGGAUAGACUACUCCAGUUACAAUGUUAUAAAUAUUCAGAAUCAACACUAAAACAUAUAUCACUUUCUUAUUACGCUUGUAUAUAAACAAGACAAAGAUAUAUUUUCUUCACAAGGAGUACACAAAUCUAUACAAAAUUAAUCCAUUUGACCAAAGACCAUAAAAUAAAUAUUUCUUUUGGUUUCUGAUUUCACCAAUAAAUGUUGAUUGUACGUUAAGAUGGUUGAUAAUGCUUUCAAUUACUAGAUCAAGAUUCGCCUUGUUACAUGUGUGUUUGUUAUCGCCCUUGCUUUUUAACUUGUUCAGAAAUGAUUUAUUAUAUACUCUCAACAGUCUUAAUAUUGGUGUAACUGUAGACAAUUUUAAUAUUGCAGCAUUAGCAUAUGCAGAUGAUUUAGCAUUGCUAGCUGAGAAUGAAGCUGAUCUCAGUCUACUGUUAGAUGUUUUACAUACUUGGUGUUGCACAAAUAAGAUAGAGAUAAAUAAGGAAAAGUCUAAAAUUGUCCAUUUUAGAAAUCCGUCUGUCAUACAGACGAAGCAUGUUUUUGAUGUCGGAAAUAUGAUUUUAGACAUUGCUGCUAAGUAUAAUUAUCUUGGUCUACUGUUCACAGACCACUUAGAUUUUAUUGCAAUGGCACGUGCAGCAGCAAAGUCUGCUAAUAGGGCUUUGGGUCUGUUGAUAUCCAAAGUUAAGACAAUAGGCGGUAUGCAUUUCCAAACCUAUUCCAAAUUGUACGAUAGUAUGGUGCGGUCUGUUCUUGACUACGGGGCGGCUAUAGCUAUCUGGGGUAAUUAUGAUGUGUCAGCAAUAAAUGCUGUACACCAUAGAGCCAUUAGAUUUUAUUUGGGACUCGGCAAAUACGCCCCCAACGUCGCUAUAAAUGGGGACAUGGGAUGGAUGCCGCCUGUUGUCAGACAGUGGAAAAGUGUAGCAAGACAAUGGUGUCGCCUUAAGAAUAUGUCUACUAGGUUAAACAAACACGUGUUUAACUGGGCUGAUAGAUACGCUGUAAAUGGUUGUAAAAAUUGGAAUGGUAGGGUAAGAAAGAAGUUUAGUAAUAUGGAUUUAGGACAUCUAUUAAACGCAACAGGUUUUUUUUAUAAAUUUUCUGUUUGUACACAAGUGGACCAAUGGUGUAAAAAUGAAUAUUGGAGUGAUAUGUUAAGAAAGGAAGAGGGGCGAAAUGGGCUUAAUAAAUUGAGAAUGUAUCGAUGUUACAAACAAGUAUAUGGGACAGAAUACUAUGUUUUAAAUAAGAUGCCCAGAAACUAUAGAUCGGCACUAGCCAAGUUUAGAUGUGGAGUGGCUCCUAUUCGAGUGGAAACCGGUCGAUACGAAGGUGUACCUGUCAAUAAUAGAAAAUGUUUUCACUGUAAUGACAGCGUAGAAGACGAGGUCCAUGUUUUGUUUCACUGCGCAUUAUAUGAUGAUAUCAGGGCAACUCUUUUUA